AUGGCCGAAGUCGUGGCCGCAGUAGCUGUGAUCUCCUCCUUUGUACAGCUGGUGGACUCUUCUGCCAAACUUGCCAGCCACAUCCAUGAGUACAUCCGCCAGACCGAAAGUGCUCCGAAAAACUUAUGCCGAAUUUACGACCUCUUGCCGGUCUUUAUCGAGGCGUUGAAAUGGAUAGAGGAUCCCGUGGUGCUGAGCGACCUCGAUCCGGGAACACAAUCUACCAUGAGACAGCUGAUCGACAGAAGAUCCUCACAAUUGACCGGACUGGAGGCUAUGGUGACCAAACUGAUGCCCGGACGGUCUGACUCGAAGCGCAGAAGAGUGUACAAGGCAUUUCUCAGCACAAAGGACGAGCGGAAUCUGGAAAAAAUCAGUUGCGACAUCAAAGACGACAUUCACAUGCUGAUUUCUUUGUCGAAUCUUAUUGUAUCGGUCCAGAAUUCAAGGAUCAGCAGCGAGUCACCCAAGUCGUCCAAAUUAAUAUCAUUACCGACAAUCAACACAAGUGUGGAGAAAGGAGGCACUCAAAGUCUGGACAUUGCCAACAUGUCACCGCGAACAAGAUUCAGAUCUUUCGCUGGGCAAGACAAUCGGGACCAAAGACGGGAAUACUCCUACUUUUUCGGUCUCGCCAAGUUAGGCCUCAUGUACGCUUUUCAGGCCAAGCUGGAAAUCUCAUGGGGUCGUCCUACUUUCUCCAUCACGCCCAGUCUGUCAUUGCAGCCUCUUGUCAAGCGCACAUCACCUGGGGCUGUGAUAUUUUACCGCUUCUUACAUACUGGUGAUGAUAACAAGCUGUCCUCCCUUCAGUUCAUGUCCAACAAGUUGGCAAAACAGGCCUUGUCAGAAUCAUGUCUCGUCUUAUCUCGAAAUUUGAUGAGCAAGAAGCUGUCGCCAUGGGAUAUCUUUCCUAGUGGCCUGACGUUGCUGGAAGAAAUUCUGCACACGUCAUCCAUGUACGCCCCGGAAAUAUGCGUCGAGUUUAUGAAGGUGUUGUGCGACUUUGGUGCCCAUGAGAGGGUGAGCAAACCAUGCUGCUCGGUGCAGGAUACGAUUGCUCAGCUGACGGGUUCUAUCACGCCGCGCCAAACGAAACAUGUAUAUCUGGAGCAUAUCUUGGGUAUUUCAAAAACCACAGAUGUGAUCACUUCCUUCUUGAUUUUCAACGAAUAUGUUCUCACAACUGUUAUGGUAAGCUCUGGUCAGUUGAUAGAGAGAUUACGAGAGGCUCGUUUCGCUUACCCUUUCGAUCCAGGGGUUUGGGGCCAAACACCUCUGACGGACAGCAUUCUUUGCGAGUCGAAAGAACAAAUUCUCCAUAUUGCCGAUUGUUCCAGCUCGCUCGCUGGCCAGAACUUCCUCGGUCAAACAGCCGCGCACUUUGCUGUUCUCAGACCAGAUAUUCUUUCGAAACUACUGCAAGCAUACCCGGCUUUUGUCUCCCUACUGCACAUCCCCGACAUCAGCGGUUACUACCCGUUAGAUUAUGCCGCAGCAUACAAGCUGACAGACUCACUCUCCAUCAUACUCGAAGCCGCGCCCAACGCUCCGGGAGCACUUUGCCUAGAGUAUGCUGCAAUUAACGAAUGUACUGAAUCAAUACGGCUCCUUCUCAACAACAAAAGACUUUUAGGGCUCGGCAGGAAUCUCAAUCCCCAGCAGUAUGUUUCGAAUCUGAAUUUCCUACUUCAUUGCAAGGAGAUGAACACAAUUCGCCAAACAUUCGACUUUCUUCGUGCGCAACGAGACUCCAAUGAUAGCUGGCUGAAAAAGGAAGUGUGUUCUCUCACGGCACAUUUUACUGGGGGGUCCUCCUUGUCGCCCUCGUGUGAACCGGAGCUUCUCAGGCUGAUGUUUGAGAAUGGCUUGGAUAAGCAUAUGCUAUUUGAGGACUACAGUCAUUGGGGUCAUGGCACAUUGUUGAAUCAUGCUCCGGGCUCUGAAUGGAUAGAUUGCCUCAUGGAAAACGAGUUCGCUCUUAUCAACCAUCGUGACAGCCUUGGAAGGACGGCACUCAUUACUUUCGCGUCUCAUGGUUAUGCGGACCGGGCUCUCACUCUGAUGGAUCACGGCUGCGAUCUGAAUAGCCAGGACAAUGAAGGGAAAACAGCCAUUUACAUCUUGAUCGGCAAACUCGGACCCGAGUACCGGCAUCGUUAUUCUGCUCGGGAUCCUUAUCAGCGAAACCCUUUUUACUUUGGAGGAAUUGCGUAUUAUCUUACAUUCGCUGCCUGUCUUCUUCAUCAGGGAGCCGAUGUUUCUAUCCGUGAUCACUGUUUUUGCUUUUGUGUCCCCGAUGGAUGUUCUCCACUCCUCCAGCUUCUUGGGAGGGAAGCAUCACGACCCUUUGAAAAGGCGGCGUGUGCUCUUUGGGUCCUCGAGCUGCUGAUGAUGAUCGAUGAGCUUCAAGGGUCUACCGUGGCGCAUCAAAGUGUAGACGACAUGGUGCGUCUCGACGAGUUUCAGUCACUGGACAUGACUCACGUCUGUUGUCGUUGGUCGCAUGGGUUUAAGGGGAGACAUUGGAAAAGCGCGAAUGAGAUCGAACAAGACAUCGACGAAAUCGUCGACGAGGAACGAGAAUUCGGAGUGCUGCUCGACGAGACAAUGAGUGGAAUGCCCUUCUCACAGCACCGUGACUCUGUCCAGGAAAGAUGGCUUGCCUUGCUCCCAAAUUUUGGAGCCCGUAAGAUUCUCUUUCCCGGAUCAACAGAAGAGGGCUGGUUUCGAUAUGAUGCGAGUCCGAUGCAGAACACCACAACGGCCCCGGAAAAAGUGACACUGCCACUUGAGGAGAGAAAAACUGGUGAUCUCGAGGUCGAUGAAGAUCGUGACAUUUUCUGGAGAUAUUAUGGAUCCACCGUGGGCGAUCAUGAGACAAUAGAAGACGUGAGCCACUUGUACUCCGAUUGGGUGGAGUGGGUUUAUCAUAACCCCGGGAAGUACAAAUAUCCCUUGCCCUUGGACAAGGAGUGGUAUGAGAAGAGACGAUACUGGGCUGCUCGGCAGGCUGAGGUUUUGAGUGCUCUACCUUGA